AUGACCUACUUCACCAGCUGGGAAGAGUUCGCAAAGGCAGUGGAGAAACUUCAUGCGGUAAAUCCAGAGAAAUGUAGGUUUGUCACAAAAUACAACCAUCGAGACGGCAAGCUCACGAUGAAGAUGACUGAUGAUGUUGUUUGCGUUCAGUUCAGUACAAAUCAACUGCAGGAUGUAAAGAGAUUAGAAAAGUUGUCGGCCUCUCUCAUGCGGGCAAUGGUUUCUCAUAGUUAG